AUGACUUUGAGGGUUGGAAUUAUUGGCGCGGGCAUCGGUGGCUUGAGCGUCGCUGUCGCUCUUCGACGAACAGGCGCACAAGUUGAGGUCUUUGAGAGAUCCAACUUCAAAGACGAAAUCGGCGCCGCCAUCACCAUCACCCCAAAUGGAAUGCGCGUCCUUCAACACUUCGGCUUUGAUCCCAAGACGGCGUGCGGUGUGCAAAAUAAGCAAAUGCGUAUGGUACAUCCGCAGACCCUUGAGGAUCUUGUCGUCGAGAACUUUAGUCAGGUUGAAGAUGACUAUGGUGCAACAUUCAUGUUCUUUCAUCGAGUAGAUCUUCAUACUGCGCUGAAAGAAAUGGCUUUGUCGAGUGAUGAACGGUAUCCAGGUCCCCCGGUGGUGAUUCAUAAUGGACAUUCUGUUACGAGCCUUGAUUGUGAGAAAGCCAAGAUUGUGUUGGACAACGGAGAGAUUUUUGAGAAAGAUCUUAUUAUUGUUGCUGACGGCGUUCGAACUAAACUUAUCGACCAAAUCUCCCAAAAGGACGUCUCUCUCGAAGAUAUCGGCUACUCAUUCUAUCGCUGUCUAAUCCCCUUCUCCGAAAUAAACAAAAACCCCGACCUCGAAGCCAUCUUCAAGAACCAAGAUCCAGGUUUCUGGGUCCCCUUCGAUCUAUCUACAGCAACGUUCCUCGUCACGUAUCCCUGCCGCGAUGGAAAGAUGCUCAACGUUGCGUUUCGUCACAAGACUAAAGCGGAGAAUGAGCAUGCAGUUGAUUGGAACACUGACACAAAUGUUCAAGACAUCACUGCCAUGGUCGGGGGGUUUAAUCCGCUGGUGGCUAAGCUGUUUAGCUUAUCAGCGAGUGUUUCUGUUCAUAAGCUGUUUCGAAGGGAGCCACUUGAGACGUAUACUCGCGGGAGAGCGGUGAUAAUUGGUGAUGCUGCACAUCCAAUUCAGCCAACUCAUGCACAAGGCGCAGUUCUUGCGAUUGAAGAAGCAGCAGCGCUCGAAGCUCUAUUCAAAGACAUGCAGAACCCAGAAAAGGUCGAGGAACGUCUUAGCUUAUACAAUGAUAUUUUGAAGCGUCGCAUCCAUGUUACUCAACUGCUUUCUGAUGCGCAACCCGGAAUAUCCAGUGUGCUACGAAAGCGAGCUGAAGAUAUCUGGGGAGAAGGCAUCUUUCCUCCUGAAGCGAUGAACUUUACGAAGCCGAUUCGGGACUUCUUUUAUGCUUGGGAUGUCAUGGAAGAGGCGGAGAAUGUUUUGGCACGUGCGGCAUAG